AUGGCCGCCGGACCUUCGCCGCUCGCCGGCGACCGGGGUUCCUCCUCCUCCGCCUCCCACCACCAGCACCCGCCUCCCCCACCGCCGCCCAAGAUCCUCCUCGCCAAGCCGCCGCUGCCACACGCCGCCUCCGCGGGCGCCGACGACGACGGCGCCGGCGGGGGCGCGGGGGGCCGCGCGCGCCAGGCGACGCAGCCGGGGUCGCUCAGCCUGGUCUCCGACGCGUGGGAGGCCCACACCGACAAGAUCCUCCCGUAUUUGACGGAGAACAAUGAUUUUAUGGUGAUUGGGAUAAUUGGCCCACCCGGUGUAGGCAAGUCAACCAUCAUGAACGAGCUUUACGGAUAUGAUGCAAGCUCACCUGGAAUGCUUCCUCCUUUUCCUACACAAACUGAGGAAACAAGAUUGAUGGGGAAACACUGUACUACUGGUAUUGACAUCAGGAUAUCUAAUGAGCGAGUUAUACUCCUUGACGCUCAGCCAGUGUAUAGUCCCUCUGUUCUAAUCGAUAUGAUGAGGCCAGAUGGUUCAUCCACAGUUCCUGUCCUUAAUGGUGAACCCUUAUCAGCAGACUUAGCUCAUGAACUAAUGGGAAUCCAGCUUGGUGUUUUCUUGGCAUCUUUUUGUAAUAUAGUGUUGGUCGUGUCAGAAGGGAUGAAUGAUUUGUCCAUGUGGGAGCUAAUGCUUACAGUUGAUUUAUUGAAGCACAACAUACCUGAUCCAUCCGUGUUAACGUUGCAGGGACAAGAUUUUUCUCCUUCAAAGCUCAUGCUUCUAAGGAAAACUCUCGAGAAGCACUUCAACUCAUCCUCUUUUAGAAUCGGGAGCUCUAAUGCAACAGGUCAACCUUCUGAUUCGCUGGUUUCUUCAAGCACGAAAGUUGAAGAUUUAACCUCUGGUCGGCAGGACAUAUUUCUCCUUCCCCUGAGAGGACAUGAUAACUCGACAAAGUUUGAGUAUGGAACAUACUCGUGCAUGCUAGGGAUGCUUCGUGAUCAGAUCCUGUCAUGGCCGGCGAGGUCAUUCUCGAAGAACCUCUCGGUGCGCGACUGGCUGAGAAGCUCAGCGAAGAUCUGGGACAUGGUGAAGAAGUCCCCUGUCAUCUCGGAGUACUGCAAAGCGCUCCAGAGCUCUGGGUUGUUUAGGAAGUAG